GCGUUCGCUUCGACUUUGACACUUGAAAAAAUUCCGUUCCUAACCUCAAACCAGCCGCACUAUGUGACAAAAGUGUGUAAAAACGGCCGUAACAAUGUAAAAACAGCCCGAUUAAUAGCCAGUAUAAUAGCAAAAAAAAGUGUAAAAAAUGAAAUCCAAAGUGCAACUAAUUUCGCAAAUCAAAAAAGAGCACCGGAAGACUCACAUGCAUAUACCCCUCAUUUUCGUGCUGGUCUCCACACUUGUUCUGUCAGUGCUGUCCGUCACUGACCUCGACUGGGAAGAUAGAAUUUCGAUCAAAAGGGGCUUUUCACUGUUUUGUUAUGGAUUGGUGUUUUUCACCGUUUUGUACCUCGUUAGCAACAACCUGAUGUUGCGGACGUCGCUCGGACAAAAAUUCGUACGGACGUACAAGCUGGCGCCAGCGGAUGUCUUUGAUAUUAGCAACAAACAAGUCUCAGCCGUCCAAGCCCUCUUCUGUUGCAUCACGGGCCUCACCAGCUGCACCUAUUCCUGCACCAGAGACAUGCUCCACACCUCUCACUACAUCUCAGAGGCAUAUGCCUGGUUUGGUGCUGCGUAUUUUUUCUACGACAUUUGGUCGAUGUACAAAGUUCACAAUGCCAAAGUUGUGCAAGCCAGCAUGAAUGGCGAUGUUAAACGAACAGGUGUUAAAUUUUUCAGCUAUUUGAAAAGUCAUGCUGUCAUCGUAGGACAUCACAUUUUUAUCGGUGGCUUUGGGUUUUUAGUUAUAACGUAUUUGAGAGGUGGCCUUGGUGAUUGUUUCUUCGGAUUCGUGUACCUGAUGGAGGCUAGCACUCCUUUUGUGUCCUUGAGGGGCAUUUUGUCAAAGAUCGGCAUGAAAUCGUCCAUUUUGUACGUAAUCAAUGGCCUUGUGAUGUUGGGGACGUUUUUCGUCUGUAGGGUGGCAAUGUUCCCCUGUGUGAUAUACUUGUACGCACGCAGCGUCGACUUGGAUUAUUUUUCCGCGAUUCGAUCGCUGCCGACUGGAUGUAAGGUGAGCAUCGUGAUCCUGUUGCUGCCGCAAGUGUACUGGUUUCUGUUGAUGGUGAAAGGAGCCUCCCAAGUGCUCAAAGGCAAAGUGACCAAAAAGAAGACAUUGAAGAUGCAUUAACUAAGACUUGUAAUCCGAGCUUAGCGCUUUAAAUAAAUAUUACAUAUACGAUUUGAUGACCAGAAAAAGACGAAUUUACGUGGAUAUUGCUAUUUCUGGAUAAUGUUUAACACGUCGCAUCAAUGUCGUUAUUACUGUGAUUGUUGAUUAUUUUGUUUAUUUAUUGAAAUGGGUUCGUGCUCGAUUCAAAGACUUGUAGUAUUUUUUCGCAUUUCGCACCAAUUUUCGUGCACAAACUUGUUGGAAACGUACCUUUUGUAACUUAUUAACAUUUAUUAUUGUAAAUGACUGUUUUAUAAGUCACUAAGUGUAGGAAAAGAUAAAAUAAAGCGAUAUUAAAAA